AUGGCUACCGUAGUUUAUACAAAACCUCCGCAAGAUGGUAGUAUCGGGACGCUCUUUGCUGGAUACGCCUUUUGGGUGUCGGCGAAUGUUCCCCAGCGAAACAGAUUCAAGGAACUCAUCCAAAUAAAUGGCGGCACUAUUGUGCUUUUGGAAAAAGAUGCAGACGUCAAGCUUGUUGAUCAUGCAAAAAGAGAGAUCCCACUAAACUCGUAUUCAUACACUUUUAUCGAGAAGUCUGUUAGAUAUGGCCGUCUAGAAGAUCUAGAAGAUCACAGAGCCGGUCAAAGGACUCGCCCGGUUGGGGCAGUCGGGAUACCUGCUCGAAGUUCCAGGACACCAUUUACACUCCAAGAUGAUCAGAUACUCUGGGAUUGGGUGCAACCAUACGAGAAACGCGGCGAUCAAAUUGCCGGCAAUCUCAUAUAUCAACAACUCGCUGAGCAGAAUCCUCGACAUACCUUUCAAUCUUGGCGAGAUCGCUAUUUGAAGAGACUUCGACACCAUGGGCAUCGUCCAGGUGGACCAGCACAAGAAGCUGAAUCAACCGCGCCGGAACAAGUGUCAACUGUGCCCAAGCCAAGAGCUACGAUAACUCACAUAUCAAAGCCAGACUCGCAUGCAGGUUCUUCAAAGAUAAAACGCGAUGGUCGUCCUACUCACGACACGGCUGCAGCAAAUAAACGUAAACGGCCAUCGUACGAAGAGAUUUCAGCCGUUUCAAAUACUGAGGGUGACCAUUCAUCCCAGAAGAGACGAAGGAUACCCUCACCUGCCAGAGCAGAAAGUGACUCGCAACUCGAAACGUCAGAUGGAUCUCAAUCAGCGAAAUAUGAAACAGCGCCUCAAUUCCCAGUCCCCGAAGACAGCCAAAUAGAUGAUGACGAUACCCUCGUGCCUCUGACGACUCACGACGAAGAUACCGAAGAGAACGGCGACGCCCGCGCCCUCGAAGCCUGGAUCCAGAAACGUAUAGACUCCGGUAGAAAUGGGGACCACAUUCUUCAGGCUCUCAGUUGCACAUCUAUGAACGCCGAGCUCGCAGAUCAAGUACUAGAUCUUCUGACCAAAGGGAAGGGUAUACCAAAAGAUAUGCCUGGAGUAUGGACGGAAGAAGAUGAUGAAGCGCUGACGGGUCAGGAUGGAAGAGCUAUGGAACGUGUGAUGAAGAAACAUGGCUCGGAGAUUUUUGAUGAGCGAUGGCAGUUCCUUGAGCAAAGUGCCAGGGCGACACAGCUAGUUGCGCAGGGGGAGUAA